AUGACAGAAGCUAACAAAAUACAGAGGCUACAACAUUGCCUUUCUAUGCUCGAUGAGAACUCACCAUGUAGGUUCAAGGAUAUGGACAACUUUGUCCAUAUUGAUGAAAAAUGGUUCGACAUGACUAGAGUGAACAACUCAUACUACCUACUCCCAGAAGAGGCAAAACCAUUGCGCACAGUGAAAAAUAAGAAUAGCAUCGGAAAAGUGAUGUUCCUCGCGGCAGUUGCCAAGCCAAGGUAUGGCGAAAGAGGGGUAGUCACGUUUGAUGGCAAGAUUGGGACAUGGGCAUUUGUGAAGGAGACCCCAGCUCCUAAGAAGAGUAAACUUAGACCUAAAGGAACACUUGAGCUAAAAAAUGUGAAAGUUACCCAAGAUGUCAUGAGACAAUACAUGUGCAAUCCAGUGAUUCCAGCCAUCCAAGACAAAUGGCCCGAUGAGGAUGAAGGAACAACAAUCUUCAUUCAACAAGAUAAUGCGAAACCUCACCUCCUCCCUCAUGAUGAUGGUUUCCGACAGGCAGUAGCACAGACUGACCUAGACAUUCAAUUAAUGCAACAACCUCCGAACAGCCCGGACUUGAAUGUGCUUGAUCUAGCCUUGUUCAGGUCACUGCAGUCCCUUACUGACGCGAGAGCACCUAAGAAUAUAAAGGAACUGAUAGAGGGUGUGGAAGAAGAAUACAAUGACUAUGAGGUCAACAAACUAAGUAGAAGCUUCUUCACACUCAAGACAGUUAUGAUUGAGAUAAUGCGGGCAGAAUGA